UGCACCUCUGCCACAAGAAAAUGGAUUUGUGGGUGAGUGAGAGAUUAGAUGGGACCAAAAGGAGAAAAAAAAACACGAGAAGAGGGGUUUUGUUAUACGAUUUUUUCCUCUUCUACAUUAUUCUUCUUUCAUUGUUUGGUUUUGUUUUUUUUUUUACUACCGUUUGGUUUUUCCCCUUUGUCAGAAGGACGUUGAGAAGGCGAAGAAGCUCAGAGGCUUCAUCGCUGAGAAGAGAUGCGCUCCUUUAAUGCUCUGUUUGGUGUGCGUUCUUUUUUUUAUUUAUUUAUUUAACAUUAGAUCACUGUUAUUUACAAUUGAGUUUAUGGAUUAUCGUUUUGACGCGUUUUGGUGUGUUUCGUGUGCAUAUGGCACUCUGCUGGAACCUUUGACAAGGGCACAAACACCGGUGGACCCUUCCGACAUCGCUAUUAGGCUUUUGGAGCCACUCAAGGCGGAGUUCCCUAUUUUGAGCUACGUCGAUUUCUACCCAGUGAUGUUUUUUUGUCUUUGGUGUUUGUGCGCUUAAUGUUGUGUUUGUGUUGACGCAGUUGGCUGGCGUUGUUGCCGUUGAGGUCAUGGGUGGACCUGAAGUUCCAUUCCACCCUGGAAGAGAGUCAACCCAAAUAGGAAACCAACUCAACAUAACAACAAUGGGAGAAGUUACAUGUUUCCUUUUUCAAAUACUAGCACUUUGGAGGAUUAACAACAGCUAUGCUCUCAACUUUGCAGUUGAUAGAUAAACAUGCAACAGUUGUUAAUGCAAAUACCAUUCAACUACCUGUGUAUAUGAUCAUACUUGAUACUACAGAGAAAUUGUUUCUUUUGGAUAGGCAAUAAUGGUUGUUAUGACUGCCAUUAAGAGUAUAUUGUUGUCACUGCUAUUUUUGUUUGUUUGUUAUUUUCAUGCAAUUCGGGUGGGAAUGGAACUUACCAAAUAAUUUGGUCAGAAACAAAUUAAGUAUGUGAGAGUAUGUACCAUCAAUAUAGUCACCAAUGUGGCUUUCAAUUUUUCUUCUUCUCUGUUUUCAAGGUCUUGCGAGAUGUGGAAAGAGUUGCAGACUAAGGUGGCUGAAUUACCUAAGGCCAAACCUCAAAAGAGGAAACUACACCAAGGAAGAGGAGGAAACUAUUAUCAAGCUGCACCGACAUCUGGGUAACAGGUAUGCAACAAAGCAUAGAUGUGGAGUAGUUGUUAAAGGACCAAAUCUGAGUGGAAAUAUAUCAGGAACAGAGCCAUUGAAGGACAACCGCAUACUUUUGAAAGCAGAAGCUUUAGAUUAUUCCCAUGAAGCAAGGAACAUUGUUGUUGUUGUUAAUGAGUUGUCCAAGGAAAUAACCAAAAAUUUGGUUUCUCAUCCUGUGAAUGCUAAAUGUACUGCAGAAGGGAAGAACAUAGGAAAUGUAGUCCUUUUAAGAGGCGGUGGCAUUCAAAUUGAGAGAAUCACUGAGGGACAAAACAAAGUGGUAAUUACUGAUAGAAUGUGGGCUAUGCUUCUAUCUUCAACAAAUCUGCCCAACUUUAUGAUUGCUAAGACUGUCUCUGAAGAAAAAAGGGAAGAAGAAGCAAACGGUCAUGUCCCUAAGUAA